GGAUGACAUGACAGACAACAUCUAAUACAGACGCCUUUCCUUCCUCCUUAUUUCCAUUUCUAUUUCCACGGUCUCUUCUUUAUUUUCACUCUGAUUCGUGAUGGUUGGAGUUCUUUCCAGCAGGAAAUCUUUUUUUUUUUUUUUCCAUUCCUGUUCAAAUAGGUCCUUUUUUUUCCCUCACACACUUUUUGUACAAUUGAUAGUGUUGGUGUAUAUCCAUUCCUAUGGGUCUUGUGUCGUGUACUUUGGAGGUUCUUGUGAGUAUCUGGAGAUGUUGGUGUUGUCCUUUUCUUGUUCUUUUUCUUUUUUUUUUUUUUUUUCUUCCUCCUUCAUAAACAGGUGUAUGGAUAUCCGGAUUCAAUGGCGCAUGGUAAUGCAACAAGAGGAGAAAAUAACACGAGCAUUUAAUAAACGGCUACAUGUCUGCAUCAGUAGUAUGGUUUUACACUUAUCUUCUACAUAGAAAAGUCUAAUUUUAAUUAUCAUCUUACAGGUGUAUGGGAGUGAAGCAGGGUAAUGAGACGCGGGAAACAAUUACAACUACUUCACAUAGGAC